AUGGAGGAAUUUCGAAGCUUAGCAAGAGAUUGGUGUAAAAAGGAAGGCAUUAAUCCAAAUAAUGCAAUCUUACUCAGAUCAAGAAAUCUGAAUGCAUCCAACAGAACUUUGUUGAUAUCAUUAAUGACGGGACUGUCUACCAAGAUCAAAGGACUGGUCCAAAGAGAAAGAAUAGUUAGUGGGAUAGCAGAAACUCACAUAUUAUGCGAAUUUUGCGAAGAUGCUUGUAAUUUAGAACUGGGAGAGGAAGACAUACUCCAUAUAAAUGGAGAUAUUAGUAAAUUUGACAUAUUAUUGAUUGAAGGGAAGAGAGAUGUAGCGGUGGAACGAUUAUACGUGAACGACCUGUUAAGCCAGACCGAAUUAGAUGGUUUACUAACACAACCGAAGAAUGUUGAGAAUAAAUUGGAGAGUAGAUUCCCAAUGGAGGUGAUAACUAGCGGAAAGUAUAGGCGACUCCGAUUUUUCUCUGGAAAAACAGACUUUCCAAAGGACGAAGAUAGGUGGGAGACGUGGAUAGAGCAAGCCGAAAGCCAAUUAGAUGAGUGGGGAGAUAUGUCUGAUUCAGAGAGGAAACAGAAAAUACGUGAAGCACUAAGAUACCCAGCAGCAGAAGUGAUUUGUGAUCUUAGACAAGAUAAUCCAAAUGCUACAUCUCAAGAAUAUUUGGCUGCCCUUGAACUGUCAUUUGGUUGUACACAGACAGGCGACGAAUUACUGAUGAAAUUUCACAACCUAAAACAGAAGGAGCAAGAGUCUCCAUCUGAUUUCAUCCGGCGACUGCAAACAUCCCUGAGACAAGUAGUCAGAAAAGGUGGGAUACAAAGAGAACAAGCAAAUUCAACAAGACUACGACAAUUCAUAAGAGGGUUGUUGUACGAUGAGUUAGUAAUCACAACUCUGCAACUUCGUGAAAAAGUCGAAGAGCCACCAAAAUACCUUCAAUUACUAAACAGUUUGAGGCGGUUGGAGGAGGAGAAGGAAUCUAAACAGAUGCAAAGGAGGAGCAGAGUUGAGGUUAAAAGUGCAACUGUUGAGCCGAGAAUAGCCGAGCGCUUGGCAGAUUUGGAAAACCAAGUGAAAAUGUUUAGUUUCAAACGACAAGAGCGAAUGGAAGAUAAUACUCCAUACAUUAGACCAAACCCAGAAAGAGUUGAGUCCAAGCGGGACUGGAUGCCAUCAUGUGGAAGGAGGGCCUCUCCCGACUUUUGUUUUAAGUGUGGGCUUUCUGGCCAUUUCCAAAGAAACUGUAGAAAUUCACCGGAUUUGGAAACAGUAAAUAAGAAAUUGCUGAAGUUAGUUCUGGGGAAGCAGGAAAACAACAACGGGUAUUCACGAAGGGGCAACCGAAUACCCGAUCAUCAGUAAGCCCUAAACCAACUAUCCCUGAAGGACUAGUUGGAGAAAGUACUACUCAGAUGUGUUUCAUUGAAGGUCGAAUUGCAAAAUGUUUGUUAGACACUGGA